UCGCUCGGCAUAUAAGCCCCGCCUCUGCCUCGAGGGCUGAGAUACACUUGCUAUGUUAUGAAGUGAAUUACGCUUCGUUUCAAUCACCUGCUAGGUUUAGCAGGGGAGUCGAGUUAUUGAAGAAAUGUGUUGCGGUUUUGGACAACUCUGAGUGUGUGGUUGAUUAUUCAGUGUUUCACGUGUGGAUUUUGACAACCAGAGGAUAUCUCUUUACCGUGUAUACAUGCGCACAUAUAUCGUCUGCUCCAGGAUUGCACAGGAAGGUGUAUCGUCUGCUACGCACAAAUGAAGAAAAGAACGAUCACAGGAGACAGAAUUUGAUUAGGAAUUGACAGAAAAAGGCCCGGGGUGUUCUUCACAAUCAACAUCAACAAAACUCGAGCAGACGACAUUCAGACAAUUGCUCGGUCACACUCGGACAAGUUCGCUGGCUCCAUAUCUGAUGGAAAUUGAAUUGAUGAAGAUAAACACCUAACAUUACAUGACUCUUAUAUGAACCGACUUUCAUGGAUAAACGGAUGUGACAACGGUUACCCAGCCGACUGACAGAGUACUGUACUCCAUCGAAACUGUGUCAAGUUCAUUAUCUACCUCCAAAUAUCAAUGCUCACUUCAAACACAGGACGGUCAAGCUAGAUGUCCAAGAGAAUUGACGAGAUGGGGUAUCGCAAGCAUAGGUUAAUUUACCUAACCCUUCUCUUAACAGGGGUGGUGCUGCCCGGGUGUGGGGCUCGGUCCUACCACGUGUACAGCGAGGACUGGCGGGAGAGGGAGUGUGGGAGAGUUCUCAGACGGGUACAGCACGACCAUAUCGAGGAGAACUUUCCUCCUAAUCUGGUCGGAGAGUGGACAUCAUACAGAUGUGAAAUUCGUUCAGGACCAGAAUACCUUCUCAGGAAAUACAAAUUUAGUGAAAAUACCUUUGAAGUGCAUCAAUACUAUUACAACGACCCCGACUGCAACGAUCCCAGAUACGCCAUCGUCGCCCACGGGACGUAUCGACAGCUCCGACAAUCGUGGCUUGUACCGGGCGGGACCGAAUCUGAGUACCAAGUUAUCAAAGCUCACGUGAUUCCAUAUUCAAAUGACGUUGCCAAGAGUCUGCAGGUGGAUUUUAACAGAUCGUGCAAGAUCUUAGGGACGGUGAAACUGGAAACGUUCGAAAAACAACUUUUUAUGAGCACCCCUCUGGAGAAUCCUGGAAAAGGACCAGACAAGACGCUUCCGAAAGAUAUCGAUUGUUCCAAUUUAUUAAACUUUACCUUAUCGGAGUUACAGCUGAUGCGGGUGGAGAUUAAGAAACACAAGACUUCUCAUAGCCAUGGCUUUCAUGACAAUGGCUUGUAUCAGGGGACGGAGACCAGUGACGUCAAGCAUCACGUGAGGAAGACAAACGACCUGCUGCUUGGAAGUGUCCAUACUAACCGGAAGUUACGUCAUCGUCAUCGUCCGUCGAGCUUCCAGAUUGCGUUGAGGAAUUCAGAGACAGAAGGAUGUAGCGUCUGUGCCCGGAUAGCCAACUCUAACGAUUACUACCCCCCAGAGCUCCGGACGCACCCUGGGACCAUCCUCAGCCUUGAAGGAGAUUGGGUCAGUACGAGAUGUGAGUCUAGGCAACAAGGGAUGUUCCUGACAAGAUGGCUGACCUUCCUGCCAGACGGACGGUCGUGGCAAGGGGUAUACGAGUUCUUCAAGGACUCGUCCUGCUCUGAGCCGACCUUCACCUUGACCGCUAAAGGAAAUUACGUAGGAGGAGACGUUUCCUCAAUAAUUCCUCAUUCAAAGGACUACAGUUUCAAGGUCACUCGUCUCAAGGUCACACCGAAGAGUGCCCAGAUUGUGGGUCAUCUCAAUCACUAUGAGGGUGGGAGGUGCGGUACCGAUAGGUCAUGGGUGGUGGGCGUUGAGCAGGAUGUGACCUUCACGAACGGAUGCGUGACCUUGGGAAUACAGCUCCCGAACAUCGAACAAGAGAUUCUCAAAAUGGAGGUCGUCCACCGUCAGCUCCAUCUUCUUGUAGGGUCAAGGUUCACGGACGCCCCCACAACGAGGUUCAGAGACAAGAGACCGACGUCAUUCCAGGAGCCUCUUGUGAAGUGUGAUCGCUUUCACAGCGACAUUCACAUCAACUCUAUCUACGAGGGUCGGGCGCUACCCCUCAGUGCGCCGCUCGUCUCUCUCCAGUCCUCAUGCUGGACAACAUGCCCAAACGUCCUUCUCCUUAUUCUGCUAGUAACAAUGGUACAGAUCUGACACCCCUAUAACUUCCCCACAUGAUCGGUGAUCGAUGAUCGCAGCCCCAUGUUCAACCCAAAGGGACGUAAUGUCAAGCCUUUUAUCUUAUCAUAUCUAACAUAACAUGUUGAUAUUGAACACUUAAGUAUUAGAAUCCAAUCAAUCUUUUGUCACAUAUGGUAGUGAAGAUAAUGGAAAUCAUUGCCGAAAUCUCAGUUCAUUGAAAAGCUGUUAAAUUGAAGUAACUCAAGGGAGAUAAUCCCGCCAUAAAUUGGUAUUAAGUUACUAGUCCUUAUGAGGAUAUACGAAAAGAACAAAGUAAUUUCUACUAGUCAUAUGGUAACCUAGCCAUUACGACUACUGAUUGGGUCGAAUGAUAGUAAUACUGUUUGAAGUCUAAUUUGUCAGCGGUUUUGUUUUGUUUUGGAGGGGCGAUAGGGUUCGCUCGUCACGCCGAAGACCCGGGUUCGAUUC